AUGUCGAGCGACCCCGCCACGUCGUCCGCGCCAGAGGAGCAGGCCGAAGCGCGUCCGAUCAAGCCCAAGAGCACGCUCGACUCGAACGCGGAGUUUCCCAAAUCAAUCACACUGCAGGACGGGACACAGAUUCCUGUAGGCCUCCCACCUGGCAUCGACCCUGCCCAAGGCAAGCAGGUCCUCGACUUUCUGAAGGCUAACCCAGAGUAUGCCCAACACACCAUGAAGCAGCUCAACAAGAUUCUUCAGAAUCCUGCGAUGGCGCAGCAGAUUUUUCGGAUGCAGGCUAUGACAUCAACCCCGGAGUACCAGGAGCAGAUGGCCGUGCUGAAGGAAGACCCAGAACUGAAGGGUGUGUUCGACGAAAUAAAAAAGGGAGGACCUGAGGCGAUAGACAAGUAUUGGAAUGACAUGGAACUGAUGAGCAAAAUUUCAAAGAAGAUGGCUGCUCUGAAUAUUGGUGCUGAGAAUGACCAGAAACAGGAAGACAUCAAGGUUGACUCUCUGCAUGCCGCUGCAAAGGCUGGCGACACUGAGGCUGUCAAGAAGUUCACUGCUGAAGGGGCAGACGUGAACAAGAAGGACGCCCGUGGAAUCACGCCUCUUGGCGUUGCUAUUGGGUUCAACCGGACAGAUGUGGUCAAGGAGCUACUUGCCAACGGCGCAGACGUGAGCUUAAGGGACAAUCAUGGCAACACUGUUCUGCACUAUGCAGCAGGUUAUGGGCGAGUGGAAUGUGCUGAUAUGCUGCUGAAGGGAGGUGCAGACCCCAAGACAAUGAACAACAACAACCAGACACCGUUGGACGUCGCUGAGCUGAACAGAGAGAAGAAGAUGGUCGAGUUCCUCAAGAAGGUUAUACCCGCCGAGGACAAGUACGUGUGA